CGUCUUACAUCACAUGGCUUUUUUUGUUUAUUUUAUUUUGCAGACAUCAUGGCCUCGUUUCACGUUUUGGAACAGAAAGCCAACCUUUUUGAAGAAAUCCAUGAAGCCUGUCUAAAAACGUUCUGGAUACACAUUUGGUUUACUACUGAUGUUCUAAUCUUCAUCAUCGGGGUAGUGAGCAACGGAAUCCUGCUUUGGUUAUUUCUUAGAGAAACAAAGUCACUAUCAGCCUCACAGGUCCUCGGCCUGAACCUUGUUGUGAUGGAUUUUGUCUACCUCAGUAUAUUACCAUUCGAUUAUGCUUAUGGCUAUAUUCGGGCAAGUCGGGACAGCAAUAAUACAGCGACCCCAAACGAAACAACCCCAAUCCGUUUGGCACAAAACAUCUUCCCGAUGUUCAACCAGAUCGGUUGCCCCCUGCUGCUGGCCUGCAUGUGUAUCGAGCGCUACCUGGCGGUGGUUCGACCCGUGCUGUACCUGAGAGCGAGAAAGACGGAGUAUCAUGUUGCCGUGUCCAUCGUGGUGUGGGUCAUCACCAUGUCCUUCUGUGUCGCUGCAGGUGUUGUUAACAACCCCACUAUCAUGAGCUUGCCUGUUUCCUUCAUUGUCUCCAACCUCUUCGUCAUCAUGCUCGCCAGCCUCGGAGGUGUGGUGUGGUCGUUACGGCAACAAAGCCCGGCUUACACAAGCAGCAACGCGUCGGAAUCACCCUUAAAGAGACGGGCGGUGGUGAAUGUUUUAACUGUGGUGGUGCCUUCAGUGGUCGCCUACCUUCCUGUUUGUAUGACGGUCCCCACUCUUCUUGCUUUCAUCUCGGGUAGUUUUAAAAUACACCUAGUCAUAUGCAACAUUGUUCAAGUAUGCGAGCUGUUUCCAAGGUUAGGCGUGCUCAUCGGGCCUCUCUUUUACCUCGCCAAGGCAAAGCAAAUCUUUUGCCAAGGUGGAACAGGGAAGACAAAUAGUGCGACCAAAAACUGUACAUAAAGACAUAGAAUCUCAGUCUGUGCACACAUACACUCAAAGGUCACAACAACUGUCAGUCACUGCUAGAAAAAGAAGAAGGGGCGGGAUUAAAUCAGCUCUGCUUCUUCCUACUUUGUAUUGUGAGUGUAAACAUGAAUUUUAUUCGAUGGAAUGACAGUUUAAUAGUGUAUCUACAGCGAUAUUCAUUUCAUUUAUUCACAUUUAAAUUCAAGAUGACAUUCGAAAAAGUAUCUUGUAAUUUAUUUAUAUCUAUAGUAGUAGUAUUUUAGUCAUUAAAAUUUUUGAUUGCAUUCAUGAAUAAGUAAGAUUUUUGAUGUUGCUUUUUAAAUGUGUUUUUUGUUAAUUCAUUGACAUAUAUAUAGUGUAAUGAUAAUUAGUUGAAUUAAUUCACAUUACAGUGCAUUCAGAUGAAGUAGGAUUUUUAAUGUAGCUCAAGGGUGUCCAAACUUUUCCCCCAGAAGGGCACAUAAAGAAAAAUAUCAGGAUGCAGGGGCGUCUUCUGUGGAAAAAAACUACUUACCUAUAUUUAAAUCCUCAAACUUUGUGUUAUUUAUUAUUAGUGUCAGCUUUUUUUCUUUACAUUGUGCCUUUUUACUCAAUUUUUUCUGGGGGGUUUUCUUGUGUUUAUACCAAUUACAGGACUUCUGUCGGAUGUGCUAUUAUGUGUUGUCCUGUCUGGAUGUCCAUAUUUGUAUUUGAAUACCAUAGUUAUGAGAUUUAUUCAAUUUAUUCAUAAGAAUUCAUCCAAAUGUAAUGUUAUUGUACUUAUUUGGUGCGUUUGCUUGACUGGCUAAUGUUGAAUAUUUACGAUAAUACUGACAAAAUAAGAAAAUUGAAGCUUGAAAACCAGACGCAGCAACAAAAAAAAAAGUAGCAAAAACAAAAAAAAGUAAUUUACUUUCAAAUACCUCAAUUUCUUGUUACAGCAGAAACAUCAACGACAAUUAGCACUUGCAAAACAGAUAAAACAGGCGUUUUCCUCUUUUGAAAGCUGACUAUAUGUAUAUGCUGACAUUGAUGGCAGCUUUUAAAGCCACAGAAUGAUAUACAAUAAAAGCACAUUCAAAAGAAAAGGCAACACAAUCACAUUCUUGUUUUCAAGAUUAGAAACCCAGUGAUAGAACACAGAGUAGUUUACAAGGGCGAGUAUUUCACACAUUUUGAAGUCAAAUCCCCCUGUUGAAAAUGUUUCUUAACACUAAUAAUGUGUCUGAAUACAUACGCGCUCUGAUUCCCGUAGGUUUUACUUGCUGAACUGGCUUGUUGGGCUUUUCCUCAAACAUCAUUUUCCAAGAAAACGUACACAGAUAGAAUCAUGUUGCAUAUUUCCGGUCAUAAUGCUGAAAUCGGCUGAUGUUAUCUUUCACAUAAAGGCUGUUGUGGUAUUCAACGACACUGUACAUACAUAGAUAGACAAGCAUUAAAUAAGUGGAUGGAGCAUCUGAAUAACAAAAGGGAAGCCGAUGCAAAAGUGCCUUAAAACAUGCAUUCUGUCAACUUUUACCUCAGUAA